CCCCCCCACCACAAUCUUCCUUCCUUGCCCCCCAUUCGUCGAUCCCAUCGUCUUCACCGAUCCCUCUCCAGUCUCCUCCUGAUUUGAUUUCCCCUCCCUUCCCCUCUCGGAUCCAACUACAACCCCACCGAUACCCGCAAGCCCGCACCUCGCCGUCGCCGGCGGCGGCCAUGUCCAAGUACGGCACCAUCCCCACCUCUUCCUCCGCUGGCGGGGCGCCCCUCGGGGGCGCCUCCCCGCUCGACUUCAUCUCCCGCGCUAAGGCCCGGGGCGCGAUGGCACUGGCGACGCGCCGUCCCUGGCGCGAGCUCGGGGAAAUCCACACCAUCGGGCUACCCCCCAGCCUCGGCGAGGCGUACCUCCGCGUGCGCGCCAACCUCGCCCACUUCGCCAUGAACUACGCCAUCGUCGUCCUCGUCGUCGUCUUCCUCUCCCUGCUCUGGCACCCUGUCUCCCUCAUCGUCUUCCUCGUCUGCAUGGUCGCCUGGCUCGUCCUCUACUUCCUCCGCGACGAGCCGCUCGUCCUCUUCGGCCGCGUCGUCGGCGACGGCGUCGUCCUCGCCGCGCUCGCCGUCGUCACGCUCGUGCUCCUCCUGCUCACCAACGCCACCGUCAACAUCCUCUCCUCGCUGCUCAUUGGGUUCGUGCUCGUCGUCCUGCACGCCGCUCUGCACAAGGCGGAGGACAACGUUGAUGAUGAGGCUGGUCGCUGGUACGCGCCAGUGCCCUCGCCGCCGCUGCACUAGUAUCUGAGCGUGAUCAUUCUGCACUGUGUCGCGAUCCUGUCCUUGUUUCCGAGCGUUACAGCUGUGCAAAUUGGACCGCCUGUGAUGAAGAACCUUUCAAUGGUGAUUGUGUUUCACUUGCUGCUGGUUCCAUUUGAAGUUUUGGAUCCAGCGAUGACGCAGUGUUGUAAAAUCUGAUCCUCUCGACCACUUUUUUGGUACCGUUUAAAGCGUCUUCUCGUCGUUCACGUGUAUAACAAUUUCGGAGAAAAAUCUGUAUCUCUUGAGUUUGAUAAUUGGGAUGGUUGGGACACUCGCGUUGAGAUUGUUGUUGACUCCAUGUCGGCAGUGCCUGAUGUUCAAACUUGGUUUUGUCUUGUACUGGCUAAAGUAUUUUGUUACCAAGGGAAUAUCAAUUUCGGUUGUAUACGGUACAAUGGUGACUUG